GCGUCUUUGCCACCCGCUCCGAUUUGUCUCGCCCAAAAGCGGAACGAGCUGCCAGGUCUCUGCGCGUUUCAGAGCCCGUGCCGGGAGCCAGCCGCUGCCCAGGGCGGGGGGGGGGUGGCGGCAGAGCUGGAGGUUUUGGCAGCAGAUUUUUCCGGCAGUCCCCGGCCGCCAACCCUCCCGAGUGCCGGCGCGGUGUUUUUUUGCGAGUGACACAGCACAAUCGGCGAGGAAUGGAGAAAGCUGUCCCUACUUUAUCAGAGCAACAGCGAGAGCGCCAGGGAGAUGGAGGCAGAGCCACGCUAACGGCGCUGGAGCCAAACAAAGAGCAUUUUGCUGCCCUUGAGUGCCCCCAAGGUGAAGAGCGAAGAGCUGCUUUUGUUAAAGAUGCAAAAGCGCCUCUGGAGAGCCCGGCUCUAUCUGGGACAUCGGUGGAAGGAGGGACAGAGCUCAAGGAGGCCUCCUUCUUCGCCACGGAGAACCUGCCGUCGAUGAGCCGAGACGGCAAAGGGACUUCUGGCACCGAUAUGUGUGCCCUCAAAGAGGAUCCCAACUUCUUCUCGCCGCUCACCCGCCAGGAACCUGAUGUCGCUCUGGAAGCUCGGGACGUGGCAGAUGAGCCUGAUCCUGCCCUCUCCGGUGCUGUCCCAGCCACAGCUCACAGGACUGAACUCUGCUCCACAAAUGAAGAGCACUUGGAGUUUAAGAAGGCUUUGUACAGAACAGAUGCCAGGAGCUCCAUAGAUCUACGAAACAUGACUGUAUCUGGCAGCGGGGCCUGGGAUCCCUCCACCCUGGAGACGAGAGCGGGCGACAGGAGAGAAGAAAGCACUUUAGAGAGACUCUCUGGCUUGAAGGACUCGAAGGAUGGGCGGUGCGUAAAGGAGUCGGUGUUUGCCAUGGAGUCCCAGCUUGUAAAUACUGUGCAGGUGGAUCCGGAGCAACUGGACAGUGACCCCGAGGACCUGGACUCCGGCAAGGCGGCAGCAGAGACGCCCAGCCCUUGUCCGGGGGCACCGGCUGGCAGUGGAGAAGAGAAAUAUCUUAAAAAUGAACCAAAGCAACUUGAAGGCCUCAGCAAAGAGCACUUAGAUAAAAGCAAGAGGGGGAUCCAGAGGGUUGACUGGAUUUCUAGACCCAAUAAAAGCCCAAGUCCUCACUACAAAGACAUAAGCAAGCCGACAGAUGUAGCAACAAGCUUACCCUUUCGGGGCCAGGUCAUGCGUGAAGUGCCUCCUCCACUGACUCCGACGGUGUUCAGAAAAACGCUAAACCCCGUCCUCAGUAAGCCCAAAGGCCUCGAGAGCGCCCCCUCACACAGGAAGGGGCUGGUGGUCGAGGCGGACUUGGGCAACAUCAGCCCACUCAGCACGGCAGAGUGGACGAUACAGAAGCCGAGUCUUCAGCUCGGUGCUGACCUCACUGUCAGCAAACAGUCCUGGACAGUAAAUGCCGAAGACUCAGUGGAGCGGAUCCCGUUGAUGUCUCUGGAGCCAGCUCCCUGCAGCUCCUACGACAUUGAGAUGAGGCCCUACAUGUGCAGCGUCUUGCUAGAGGAGCAGGGGAAAGAAGAGCUGGGCCCAGAGGAGGACCCGACAGUGUACACGUGCAUCGAAUGCAGCAUUUACUUUAAGAAGAAGGAACAUUUGAUGGAUCACAUGCUUCAGCAUAAUCGCGGACCAGGGAGGGACCAAGACAGAGAUGCUUUGGGAGGGCAGUGCCAAUUCUGUUGCAAUGAAUGUGGAUGGGCCUUUGGAGACCCCACAUCUCUGGAGCAGCACAAAAGGCUCCACCAAGAAUCCAGGGAAAAAAUUAUUGAAGAAAUCCAGAAGCUGAAUGAGUUUCCAGACGAAGGCCGGGAAGCCCGGCUCCAGUGCCCCAAAUGCGUCUUUGGCACAAACUCCUCCAAGAUUUUCGUCCAGCACGCCAAGAUGCACGUCAAGGAGAGGAAGGACCAAGGCACAAAGAACGUGAAUCUCUUUGGAAGCGCUGGCAGUGGAGAAAUGCGGGACAGCCCAGCGCACGGCAUCUACAAACACUUCAAACCAAAUGAACACGUAACCCUGCAGGUGCAGGUACCGCCUCAUGGCAGCGGCAAAGGGCUCAGCACCUGUAUGCUCUGCAGCUUCCCAGCCCCCAAUGAGAACAUCCUCAAGGAGCACAUGAAAUACGCCCACUCCCACCUCUCCUGGGAUGCGGAGGCAUUUGAGGAAGACCCCAGUCAGCCUGGAACUAGCAGAGAUGCCUACAGCCCUGCUCGGCCAGGGCGGUUUGCCGAGCCGGAUUAUUUCGGCAAAGCAGAGCGGCUCUUCCCUCCGUCCCACCGCGAAAGCACGUCGCAUUACGAAGCUGUCCAUGGCUUUGCCUUAGCCCACCCGCGGCUCGACAAAAGCAACGGGGCGAAUAAAAAGGACUACCAGACGUCAGGGUUUCAUGCCAGGAAGGCAGCUCCCUAUGCUGCCCCGCACAAAAACCUGGGGCUGUUGGGCCUCCCCUCCACGAAGGCCUAUUCCCAGUUUGCUCUGCAGCAGCUGAAAAAAAAAGCAGCAGCUCAGCACCUCGAGGCAGAAGGCGACGGUCUCAGGAGCCACCCGACAGGGCUAGAGGAGCUCAGGCACAAAUGGACAGUGGCCAACGACACUGGGAGCAUGGAAGAGGAGAUCUCUGUAACCACAGAAAUAGACUUGACCGAGAACAGAGGCAUCAAACCCGUCGCUAUCCCUCAAGCUGCCUUGGACCUCAAGAGGACGUUCAGAGACACCUUGAAAGCCACCGACUCUUCGAUAGCGUCCGAGGAGCAGCAGCAGCAGCUGCGGAAGAUGGUGCCCAUCGUGCUCCUCGAGGAGGUGAAUCUGCAUCCCAAAGCGACCAAGCGGCCCAGAGGGAAACCAUUCAAGAAGAAAGCAGCAGUCCCUUCCCGGGAAUUCAUGAUGGAAGAGCCUCUCCCGUUGGACAUGCUCCUGCUGGACUCUCCUCUGGAGGGUCCUCUGGAGCUUGACGACCUCUUGGACUCCGACUCGCCCAUGCUGAAGAACGAGGAGCGGAAGUGCCCCUACUGCCCAGACAGGUUUCACAAUGGCAUCGGGCUGGCGAACCAUGUGCGGGGCCACCUCAACAGGGUGGGGGUGAGCUACAACGUCCGUCACUUCAUCUCAGCGGAAGAAGUGAAAGCUAUUGAGCAAAAAUUUUCCUUCCAAAAGAAGAAGAAAAAAGUUGCAAACUUCGACCCGAGUACGUUCAGCCUGAUGCGUUGCGAGUUCUGCGGGGCCGGCUUCGACACGCGCGCGGGCCUCUCCAGCCAUGCCAGGGCCCACCUGAGAGACUUUGGUAUUACCAACUGGGAGCUCACCAUCUCGCCCAUUAACAUCCUCAAGGAGCUGCUGGCCAACUCGGCCGAGCACCCCAUGCUGCAGUCGGCGGUGGGAGCGGAGCCCUCGUCCCCAGGCCGCGAGAGGGAGGCGCAUGGCUUCAUGCCCCGCAAGAGCAUGACGCCCAUGUCCGAAUGCAGCAUCCCCCGAUCUCCUCUGUCCCCGUUCCCCCCGGCCUGGGGAGAUGAGUCCCUGCAGUCCUACAGAGACGUCCUGGCUCCGGAGGAGGAGGAACUGGUGGCCAUGGAGGUAGGCUCGCCCCCGCUGCCGAAGAAGAGCGCUCCCGCCGGGCAGCUGGAUCAGCCCCCGAGCAGGAUAGGGACCAAACUGUCUCCUGAGCCGCCUGGGAACAAGCCAGAGCCUCAGGACUCCAAAACCCAGAACCUUACGACGUGCGAGGUGUGCGGCGCCUGUUUCGAAACCCGCAAAGGCCUGUCCAGCCAUGCCCGCUCUCACCUGCGGCAGGCCCGCGGCCCAGCCUCCUGGCGCUCAGCAAAGGCGGCGACCGCCCGCCUCAAGCGGGAGAGCUGGGGGCAGGGGGACCCCGGCGUCUUCGGUCUGGCUGUCGGCAGGCCGGGUGUCCCUUUGCUCGAUGUUUGCGAGGGCGCAGGCGCCGUUUUCCAGCCUGUAGAUAGUGACUCGGGCAAAGACAUUGACUGCCAGUUAUGUGGCGCCUGGUUUGAAACCAGAAAGGGCUUGUCCAGUCACGCUAGAGCCCACCUGAGACACCUGGGAGUGGAUGACCCAGAUGCUAAAGGAUCGCCAAUUGAUGUUUUAAAUGACCUCAUCAAAAGCGAAGACUUCAAAAGCCGCCUGGCCUCCCUCCUCCCUAGCGAGAGGAAACCGUUAGGGGAGGCUGGGAGCCCCCAUAAGCCCAGCUCUAAGAGCCCAGCUGCAGCGGCUCCCACGGCAGAUACGAAGCCACCACUCCCACCGCGGCCUUUGCGCAAAGAAUCAGCAGAUCUCCUACCUCCUUCCCCUCCGCCGGCCAAGAAACCGAAGCCGCAGGGGCACCGGCUGUCGGCUGGGGCCAGUCUGCGCGGUGAACAGGGUCUUUCUUCCAGCGCCUACUGGGCUUCGGAUGCUGCGAUGCCUCCGCUCAACAUCUGUAGGUCCCUUCUCGUCGCUGCUUCCUCUCCCUGCCCCUCGCCCUUCCCAGCCUCGCUCACACGGCGCCCGGAAAUCCAGCCGGCCCGUUAA